AUGUUUUCUCCACAUGUGUUCUUUGCAGAGGUGCGUGUGAAAGUCGGUCGUGGUGUUGAAGAUCGAAGAAGCCGGCAUUGUCCAUAUCUGGACACAAUCAACAGGAGUGUUUUGGAUUUUGACUUCGAGAAGCUUUGUUCAAUCUCUCUUUCACAUAUUAAUGUCUACGCCUGUCUGAUCUGUGGGAAAUAUUUCCAAGGUCGAGGUCAGAAGUCUCACGCGUACAUCCACAGCGUUCAGUUCGCACACCAUGUUUUCCUGAAUCUCCACACGUUAAAGUUUUACUGCCUGCCGGACAAUUACGAGAUCAUUGACUCCUCGUUAGAGGACAUUACGUAUGUGCUGAAACCCACAUUCACCAAACAGCAUAUCUCUGGCUUGGAUAAGCAUGGAAAGCUGUACAGAGCCUACGACGGCACGACCUAUCUGCCAGGAAUUGUGGGUCUGAAUAAUAUCAAGGCCAAUGACUAUGCUAAUGUGGUUUUGCAGGCUUUGUCAAACGUGCCGCCUCUGCGGAACUACUUCCUCGAGGAGGAGAACUAUCGCAGAAUCCGCCGGCCGCCGGGUGACAUCAUGUUUCUGUUGGUGCAGCGCUUUGGGGAGCUCAUGCGCAAGCUCUGGAACCCGCGUAACUUCAAAGCCCACGUGUCGCCGCAUGAAAUGUUGCAGGCGGUGGUGUUAUGCAGUAAAAAGACCUUUCAGAUCACUAAACAAGGGGACGCUGUUGACUUUCUGUCCUGGUUUCUGAACGCAUUGCACGGUGCUCUUGGUGGGACAAAGAAGAAAUCAUCCAUCCUCACCAAGGUGUUUCAGGGGUCCAUGCGAAUCUUCUCAAAGAAGCUUCCCCAUCCAGAUUUGCCUGCAGAAGAGAAAGAAGCCCUUCUCCUUAAGGACGAGUACCAGGAGAAGAUGUCUGAGUCCACCUUCCUGUACCUGACACUGGAUCUGCCCACCGCACCCCUCUACAAAGAUGAGAAGGAGCAGCUCAUCAUUCCUCAGGUUCCUCUCUUCAACAUCCUGGAGUACAAGACGUACAAAGAGAACUUUCUGAAAAGGUUCCAGCUCACCAAACUUCCUCCGUACCUCAUCUUCUGCAUCAAGCGAUUCACCAAGAACAACUUCUUUGUGGAGAAGAACCCAACUAUUGUCAACUUCCCCAUCACGUAUGUGACCACCAGUGCUCAGGAUAUACUAUUUGGAAGAGACAAGAUAAAGACGAUGGCGCAGAAAACCAUACUGGGGCAUAGGAGGCCCAAAAACACAGCAGUGUUUGUAGUAUGA